CCUGGGCCACAGGCAGCCCCCAAGCACCGGGGACCUCUCCAUGGACUGUCACAGACACAGCUGUCCCGUCAUAUGUCACUGGUUUGCCCAGAGUCAGUUCUACAGGGAGCACGCUUUCCUCCUCAGCAGGGGCUGCUGUAACAGAUGAACAACAGACAAGUGUUUCUGUGGGUGAGGCAUAUGCCUCUGCUGCCAUGUGGUCAGACAAGACCACUGGGAGUGAGCUGACUCAUGGUGCGUCUCUAGAAGCCACAGACACAUUGCAUCUCACCUCCAGAGAACAAACCACAUCGGCAUCUCUGACCUCGAAAAGCCAAGCCAUCGCCAGCCCCAACACUGAUACCUCACGCAGAAAAAUGAGCUCUUCGCCAUCUGUUGUAUUUCCUUCAACAGGGUCUAAGACUCUGGUCACCAUCACAAGUGUAGCGACUAGUGAGGCUGCCUCUAUGACUGAGCAACUGUCACAGACCUCAUCUCCUGCAGAAGUGAGCAGCAUGAGUGCAACCACAGCCCCCGCUCCAAGCGUCACCACCACCGUCACCACUAUGGGAACCAACUCAGUCCUGAUUACCACACCCAACCCAGGGAGGAGAGACAUGGCCUCAGCUUCUGCAGUGGCCCCCACACUGCCAGCCAGUAGUCCUUCUCCUUCUGCCUCUGUCAUCUCAGCUCUCAGCACUGACAUGCCGAGGACCCCCAGCAUGUGGGGCACGAGCUCAGAAAGUGUGACCAGUUCAGCCUCAGGUCUGAGUCAGAGCUCAGUGGAGAUCCGGGCCACGUCUGAAGCCUCCACCACUGCAAAGUCCAUUCACACUCCUGAAAACACAGCAGUGACCCACGUGGGGACCCUCAGUUCCUCACGGGAAUCCCAGUCCUCAGCCCCAGCUGGCUCAGAGACAACCCCAGGCACAUCUCCCAACGAGACCUCCUCCCUCAGUGGGGACACCAUGGCUUCCACACUAAUGCCUGGCUUCUCUGCAACCACAGAAACGGAGACACAGUCAAAGUCCUCCCUGGUCCCGGAACCACAGGAAACCAUCAUGUCCCUGCACACCAGCUCAGCCCCAGAGGAAACCACUGUCCUUUCUGAGGUGUCCACUGGUACCAGUGCUGAGGCCUCCAGCGCAGACGUCAUCUCCCCUAGCAGGACAUCCAUCCCUGGACCUGAUCGGCCAACGAUGUCACCAGACAUCCCCACGAACAUCAGCAACAGGCUCUCUAUCUCACCUGUCAUCUCAGAAUCUCACGUGGGGCAUGAGCACAGAAGGUGUGACCAGUCCAGCCCCAGGUCUGACCAGCGUCUUAGUGGAGAGUCUGGCCACGUCUGA